AUGGGAAUAAUGAAGCAAGACACAAAUGAUAUCGAGUUGAUUUAUGUUGAAAGCUCUCGCAUUACAUGUAGCGAAAAAAAAAAAGAUGAUUAUGAUGUAAAAUUGUGGAGAGAAAUGAUAGACGGGACAAGUGCUAUAAACGCAUUAUGUAGACCGGCCGGUCAUGAAUUUGGAGUUGUUGGUAUUCAAAUUGCUGGUUUAGAUAUGCGAUUAAAUGUUUUGGUAAAGGAUCUAGGUGGUAUACCGCGAUAUUUCCAUCUUGAUCAUGCUGAAAUCCCAAUAUCGCUACAUUUAACAAACACUAAAUCCCUUAUACGUGUUUUAUUAAACCUAAGGAACGUUAUGAUUGUAAAUAAAAGUUUAAUAACGCAGGCGUUAUUAGAAAACCCACCUCGUAAUACUAGUCAAAGUACUACUGUCAGUACACCAGAUAAUUCCAUAAUAAAAUACACUAAGCCAUCGUGUCCUGAUGUCGAAUGUUUGAUUGACGUCGAAUCAACGCUCGUCCGAUGUCAUCUCGAUUCGCAUAAUGUUUGUGUGACGUCAAAUAGACACCUGUUCGAUGUCAUUUCGAUGUUUACUUAA